AACAACACAAACACAAGCAGGUUAAAUCCUGAAACCCCAUUCCAGAGUCCAGCAGAGUUCGGCAAUGGAGCUACUGAUGAUCUUUCUCUCCUUCUCGGCCCUUGGUGCCGUAGUGGCAGACGAAGAAUCCUGUGCCGGCCGGUGCGAUGUGGGCUUCCAGCCGAUGGUGAAAUGCCAGUGUGAUGCCGUCUGUGCCUUCUACGGCAGUUGCUGCAGGGACUACCACACCGUCUGUGUGAAAACACGUGGAGAUGUCUUUGCCAUUCCUGAGGAAGAUGUUUAUGAUUUUGACACGCAUGACUCCGACUUCCAGACUAACGGCACGUAUGAAGAGUAUCCAGAUAUGAAUCCUAGACUGCAACCAGAUGUGGAACAGGAGCCCACCCAUGAACCAGAGCCCACCUAUGAACAGGAACCCACUCAGGAGUGGAGCCCAGAACUGGUGCCCAUUCAUGAACAGGAGCCCACUCAGGAGUGGAGCCCAGUACUGGUGCCCAUUCAGGAACAGGAGCCCACUCAGGAGUGGAGCCCAGUACUGGUGCCCAUUCAGGAACAGGAGCCCACUCAGGAGUGGAGCCCAGUACUGGUGCCCAUUCAGGAACAGGAGCCCACUCAGGAGUGGAGCCCAGUACUGGUGCCCAUUCAGGAACAGGAGCCCACUCAGGAGUGGAGCCCAGAACUGGUGCCUAUCCACGAUCUUGUGCAUGGUAACCUGUGUCUCACUGAUAAGCCUUUUGAUGCAUUCACCGACCUCAAGAAUGGAUCGAUCUUUGCUUUCCAGGGACAAUAUUUUUAUGAACUGGAUAAGAAAGGUGUUGUUGCUGGAUAUCCCAAGCAGAUUCUGGAUGUGUGGGGCGUGCAGGGCCCCAUCGAUGCUGCCUUCACUCGAAUAAACUGCGUGGGACUGACCUAUCUGUUCAAGGGCAUGAUGUACUGGCGUUUCAACGAUGGGAUAAUGGAGGAAGGCUUUCCCAGGCCAAUCAAGGAUGGCUUCCCAGGAAUUCCGACCCAGCUCGAUGCAGCCCUGGCCAUUCCUGCAUCCGGCAUCCAUGGGAAGGAGCAAGUGUAUUUCUUCAAGGGCAAACAUUACUGGCAGUAUGUCUUUGAAUAUCAGCCCACACAGGCAGAAUGUGCAGCGAUACCCAUGUCCAUCCCCUUCCAGAGGUACGCCUACCUGAUGGCUGACAACUGGGACGAUUUCUUCUCAGAUCUCUUUGGAUCCAUCUCAAGUGACGGCACCUCUGGCCCGUUCUCCAUCAGUCAACACUGGCGCGGGAUCCCUUGUAAAGUGGACUCGGCAAUGAUCGGCAAACUUUUCAUGGUGCGCAAGCGGGAAGGGCGCGGCCGGAGGAGAGGACGGAAACACUGGAGACGACAGCACAAGCGUUGGCACAGGAAGCACUCGUCCAGCGAGGAGGAUGCCUUCACCCUCGUGCCCAGCCAGAGCGUCUACUUCUUUGUCAGAGAUAAAUAUUACCGCGUUGACCUUGACACCAAACGAGUGGCCUUUGCUUGGCCUCGAUAUCCCGAUCCAUCAACAAGUACUGGUUCAAGUGUGAGAACGAGUGAAAGGAAGCCAGCUCUGGACAGGACCAUCACUGGCAGAGAUGGGCUGCCCGCCGCCAAUCCCCGAUCCUUCGUGCAGGAGGACCACACCACGGGGCACAUAGAAUGAGGAAAUAAAACCAAAAUAAGCUGCC